GGGUGCGGGCGGCGGGCACCAUGCAGGGAGGCUGUCCCCGGGGGUGGGCAGCGCCACGCUCUGCCGCCCACCUGGCGCUGUGAGACCAGCGCUGCCACCAUGUUUCCCAGCCCUGCACUCACACCCACGCCGUUCUCGGUCAAAGACAUCCUGAACCUGGAGCAACAGCAACGCAGUCUGGCCGCCGGGGAACUCUCUGCGCGCCUUGAAGCCACCCUGGCGCCAGCCUCCUGCAUGCUGGCCGCCUUCAAGCCGGAGGCCUACGCCGGGCCCGAAGCCGCAGCGCCCGGCCUUGCGGAGCUGGGCCCUGCGCCUUCGCCCCCCAAGUGCGCUCCUGCCUUCCCAGCCGCCCCCGCCUUCUAUCCGCGUGCCUAUAGCGAGCCUGACCCGGCCAAGGACCCUCGAGCAGAUAAGAAAGAACUGUGCGCGCUGCAGAAGGCGGUGGAGUUGGAGAAGGCCGAGCCCGACAGCGCCGAGCGGCCCCGCGCGCGGAGACGGAGGAAGCCACGCGUGCUCUUCUCGCAGGCGCAGGUCUACGAGCUGGAGCGGCGCUUCAAGCAACAGCGCUACCUAUCGGCUCCGGAACGCGACCAGCUGGCCAGCGUGCUGAAGCUCACGUCCACGCAGGUCAAGAUCUGGUUCCAGAACCGGCGCUACAAGUGCAAGCGGCAGCGGCAGGACCAGACUCUGGAGCUGGUGGGGCUGCCCCCGCCGCCGCCGCCCGCCCGCAGGAUCGCCGUGCCGGUGCUGGUGCGCGACGGGAAACCCUGCCUCGGGGACUCGGCGCCCUACGCCCCGGCCUACGGCGUGGGCCUCAACUACGGCUACAACGCCUACCCGUCCUACCCCGGCUACGGCGGGGCGGCCUGCAGCCCCGGCUACAGCUGCGCCGCCGCCUACCCCGCCGGGCCCGCGGCCGCUCAGCCAGCCUCGGCCAACAGUAACUUCGUGAACUUCGGCGUGGGAGACUUGAACGCCGUGCAGAGUCCGGGAAUGCCGCAGGGCAAUUCGGGCGUGUCUACGCUGCACGGUAUCCGAGCGUGGUAGGGAAGGGACCCGCCUGCGGAGCCCCGGACCGGUUCCCAGCUUAGGAGACCUGAGAUGGCUCCCGGGGAAGGGAGGGCUCCCCGCCCCUCGGAUUUCAAGCGCGCCGCAGCGCCGGCCUCGGAAUGAUUUCUACCCCAAGCCCUUUGUUCCUGAGUGCGCCCGGACACCUCCGACAGAUCGACACCCUUAGGGACCGAGUGCCCGCCACGCGGGCCUAGGAUCCCAGAGCGUGGGCCGGGAGCCCGGGCCCUGACUGCCUUUAUGCCGCCCA